AAUAUAUUCAUUCUUUCGAGAAAUUCCACAAUUGAGUUUUUGGUUGGUUAAGCAAGCAGGACUGGAGGUAUGUUGGGGGCGGAAUGCUGUGCGAAUCCACCGGCGAUGAACAGUGGUUUUGGAAAGGGGAGCGUCGAAGAAAUCGGAGGCCUGAAAUCUUAUAUUACCGGCGAUCGCACCUCAAAUCGCGCCAUCCUUCUCGCUUCGGAUGCUUUCGGCUAUGAAGGAGUCAUGCUGAGGAAAAUUGCUGACAAAAUCUCUGGUCUUGGGUACUUGGUUUUGGUUCCGGAUUUCUUCUUCGGAGAUUGUAUUUACAGCACGAGUCCUCCAGAAGUUCGCGCAAACUGGUUAAAUAAUCACUCUCCGGAAAAAGGUUGUGAAAAUGCUAGGAAGAUAAUUGGUGAACUUAAAAGCAAAGGAGUGUGUUCUGUCGGGGCUGCAGGUUUCUGUUGGGGAGGGAUGAUGGUUGUUAAACUUGCAAAAUAUAAUGACAUUAAGGCUGCUGUUAUACUGCACCCUGGUCGCUUGACAGACAACGAUGUUAAAGAAGUUAAGGUUCCAACUGCCAUAUUAGGAGGCGAGCUUGACCAGUUAUGCCCACAAGAAGAAGUCAAACGUUAUGGGAAGAUUUUAUCGGAAAAUCAGGACGUUGAGAGCUUUGUGAAGAUAUUCAAAGGUGUUGGUCAUGGAUGGGCUUCAAGAUAUAGCGAGGAUGAUGAAUCUGCUGCGAGGAGCGCUGAGGAGGCUCACACAGACAUGUUGAACUGGCUUACCAAGUAUGUCACAUGAGCGAAAUCCUAUUUCGAACCUUUUAUAAACUCUAAACACUAUUGUGAAAUAAAUAAAGCUUGGGAGAGAUGAGUCUUGCCCUAUGAGUCAGUAUAUUUUUACUGGAUAUAUUUCAAGUGUGUGAUCUUGUUAUUUCAGUUAGUUAUAUAUUAUGUUGUGAUUCUUAAUUACCAAUAAUAAUUAUAAAUUAUAAAUA